AUGGCAUUCCAGCUUUCACGGAUUCUCAACGGACCCACUCCCUCCCGACCGUCAACAGCAAGCGAAACGAUACAGUUUCCAGCGCCAUAUGCCCAGGGCAAGUGCCAAUACCAAGAACGUAACUGCAACACAGCUUUGAUAGUGGGUUCUCGUGAUCAGGCGUCCCAGGCUGGUCCUCUGGAAGAUGAGUCUGCUCGGGAAGCGGCCGAUAGCGCCGAAUCGCAAGGGUUGCCCAGAUUAAAAAUCAAACUCGUCACGACCGUUACAAAGUGUGGUCUGAUUGAGAUCAUGUGGGAAGUCGAAACUUUGCUCUUCUCCACGAAGCCUGCAUCAAGCUAUUGCUCUGCCGGUUCGUCGGCUCGCCUGAUCUCUUUCAGCAAUACGCGGUGUGCGUGUUCUGUGGGGAAUAGCAAUAAUCAGGCAUCCCGUAUUGUCACAAGGACUGCGAACCUUCUGAAGCCAGGGACCUUCGUCUACAAGCAUCACACCCAGCGGGUCAGCUACUUCUUUUUCUGA